AUGCUUAACCAAUCAAGAUAUUCUCCAGUCAAUUCAUCAAGAUACCAAAAGUCAAGUGAUAAUAUUGGUUUUAGUGCAUUUCAAGUCACUACUUAAAUGAAUAAACGUCAAUUGGCAGAGUUCAGGAAGGAAGUCAGAGACAAUAUUUUACAUCGUGAACCAUUCGUUGAACAUCAACAAAAAUCAAAUUACUAUUUAGGAAAUUGGGGAAAACGUGAUAGACCCACUCUAGAUUAAUUAAGUUAAAGAAGAACACCAACUAGCAAAAUUCCUGGAGGAUUAAAUUAUGAUGAAAUAUUGUAACAUAGUUUUAUAUUCCAUAGUAGUACAAGGCGAAAUGAAGCUCAAUCUAAAGCUGAUGCUUUAACCAAACUAUAUCAAGCUGAUAAAGGACCACAUAUACAGGUUAAAGUUGAUUCCUUUUUUGAUAACCCAUUUACUAUACCUACAAGGAUGAAUACUUUAGGAUCUGGCUACAAAGACUCUCCAUAAAAGUCGUAAUAAAGGUUGGAGAGAUUUAAGAGUUGGGAUAGUAAAUUAGAUGUUCAAUUGAAACUGUAAAAUAAGGCCAUAUCCAAUAAAGUCCUUGGAGAAUAGCCAGGAUUUUAUAAAUAUAUUAAUGAAGCUAAACAAGGACUCCUUGAUUAAAAUUAUACUCCAACUCUUUCUGUAAGAAACAAAAACAGCUUUAGAGAUCAAAAUCAAAUCAAAGAUCUCUUCAGUGUAACCCCAAGAUAAAAUAAUUCAAGACAUGUAUCUCCUUAGUUCACAAAUAAGAAUGCAGAAAAAAUUCCAUUAACAGAUAUUGUAAGAAUGACUUCACAUUUUUCAUCAUUAUCCACUUAAGAAGUUAAGAGGGUUUCAUCAGGGUACUUUUAGGAACUCAUAAACUUACAAUAGUCAUUGCAGAGAAUGAUUAGUUUGGGAACAAAGAAUUAUUGA